AUGGCGAUGACGGUGGCGAUGGUGGUUUGUGGGGGAGGUAGGGGUAGUAGUGGUGGUGGCAGUGGGAGUGAGGUGGUGAAGGAGGUGGGGGUGAUAGUGAUGGUGGUGGUGGGAGUGAGUGGUGACGGUAGGGCUAAUAGUGGGGGUGAUAGAGGUGGUGAAGGUGGGGGUAAGGGUGGUGCAGGCAAUGUCAGUGAUGGUGAUGAUGCUCGUGGUGACGGUGGGGGUGAUGGUGGGGGUGAUGGUGGGGCUAGUAGUGGUGAUGGCGUUGGUCGAGUUGAGUGCCCAGAUGGCUCAGCUCCUCCAGAUGCAUAUUUUGACCCCGAAUUUGAUCCUGAAUUUGGAUCUUAUUUUGAUGACCCCGAACCCGAUCCGGAAUCAAGAUCCUAUUUUGAUGACCCCGACUAUGACGACGACGACUACCCCGACUCUGACAAUGACCUUGACCCCCACUCCGAUGAUGACCCCGACCCUGAAUUUGUCUCUGAUUCAUACCCCGAUCCCGACUUCGACUCUGACUCUAGCCCCGACUCAGGAUCAUAUCCUGAUCCGAGUUCCUACUAA